UCUCCCUGCUUCAAACUAAUUAAGUUUGUUGCAAUUUAUGUUUUUUAGAUUUUGUAGCCCAUUCAGAGAGCUUAAAGAAAUUUCAGCCGUAUAUACAUUUGCUUGCAUCGUCUCUGGUUAAUUUUAUUUUUCCAUUUCUUUAAAAGAAGGCUUAUUGUAAAAGUCUUUUUAUGAUCUGAGUUUGUUUUUUAUUAUUUGGCUGAAUAGCUUCUGUGUUUUACGUUGGAAAGUAAAGGGUGUGUAAGCCAUGAAAGAGGAAAUUGCUGCCGCUGUGUUUUUUACUACACGGCUGGUAAAAAGAUACGGAUGCCUGGAUAAUGACAGCAGGGAGCGUUUUGCAGCAGCCCUCACCUCAGCUCUGUUUGAGAACUACAAGAAUCACUGGCACCCUAACGUGCCCACCAAAGGUCAGGCCUACAGGUGUCUUCGUAUGAACCAUAUCCAGCUGCAGGACCCGGUAUUGCAGCAGGCCUGUGAGCGGAGCGCAGUGCGCUACGAAGACCUGGGGCUGCCCCAGGAGAUCACAGUGUGGGUCGACCCUGGAGAGGUUUCUUGCAGGUACGGUGAACGCAGCUCUCCAUUCUGCGUCUCAGUGUUGGACAGCUGUCGGCGCGAUGGUAAAUUUUCCCGACGCAUCCAUGACGCUGUGGAGCGAGCAAGCCUGGACAUACAGUCAGGAAGUUCUUCUGACGAAGAAGACAAGGAUAUGGACAAAAGCACAAGUAGCAACAGUAGCCGCAGCCUAUCAGGUCCCUGCCCUUCCACAGGCCUCGAGCCUAAAACCAUCCCAACUGUCGUCAACCCCAACAGCAUUUACCGGUUGAGCGAGUUUUCUCCAGGAGCUCCGCAGACCUGGCUGAGAGAAAAGAGGAAGGGAUUCCCUGGAGAGUCUUUCUCUUCCUCCACUGGAUGUCCACCGCCUCAGUUCUUCAACCAGAAAGGCUUUAAAUCCAAUCGGACCACGUUUACUUUUGCGGGGCCCCGUGUCGACAAGUACCACUGGGUCUCCAAAUCUCGAUCUUGAAGUUGGCUGUGGCUCUUCACUUAGUACUUGAUGUAUUACUUUGAAACUUUAAGACUAGACUUUCAGUGUUUGUUGAAUCUUUAAAUUGGUUUAUUUGAAUUGGUUUAAAUUGAUAGUUUAAAAUAUUGCUGUUUAAGCAGGUUUUUAUGAAACUGAUUGUGCUAUUUUAAUGCAAUUCUUCUAUGUGUUUUUUAACUGAGAUUAAAUCAAGGGUGAAUAAAGGGAGAAUGAACUGUCAUUAAAAAAUAAAUUUAUUCCUACAUCA